AACAAAACAUGUUCGCGCGUUAAUUGUUGCCGUAUUCAAAAAUCGAAUGUGUUUUCAUUUAGAAAAUGUCUCAAGAAUCAACGAUGACGAAGAAUUUUUUGACCGUCACCAAUAUCGUUAAUGAAGGUUUCAAAGGCGCCAAGAUCUCUCAGCUCGGGCUGUCCAAGUAUCUCUCACAGUCACUAGCGCAGCUUGAAACCACAUCAACAAGCUCACCACAAGCCAAGUCUCCCGCGAGCAGCAGUGCAGGAGCUGCAGCUGGAGCUUCAACAGCCCAAGGAGAGAGGACACCGACAGCCCAUAACAAGCAACUACAGAAUGUCAAGGGACAAGACCACCCAACGCAUCCUUCCGUAGAAGAGAUGGCGUUCCUUCAGAACCGGUCCAUCUCAUUGGUGGACAUGUACAUCGACAACUCGGAGCCGUCAGAGAACGUUGGCCAGAUCCAUUUCUCGCUGGAAUACGACUUCCAAAACACUACCUUGAUCCUUAGGAUUAUACAAGGCAAGGAACUCCCGGCUAAGGAUCUAAGCGGGACAUCCGAUCCUUACGUGAGGGUAACAUUGCUGCCGGAUAAGAAACACCGCUUGGAGACGAAGAUUAAGCGUCGAACCUUGAACCCGAGAUGGAACGAAACCUUCUACUUCGAAGGGUUCCCGAUACAGAAGCUGCAGAGUCGGGUGCUACACCUCCACGUCUUCGACUACGAUCGUUUCUCGAGAGAUGACUCCAUCGGCGAGGUGUUCCUUCCAUUAUGCCAGGUGGACUUAAGCGAGAAGCCAUCCUUUUGGAAGGCUCUAAAACCACCAGCUAAGGACAAGUGUGGCGAACUGCUGACGUCACUCUGCUAUCAUCCGAGUAACAGCGUACUAACACUGACACUACUCAAAGCUAGAAACUUAAAGGCUAAAGAUAUUAAUGGAAAAUCAGAUCCCUAUGUUAAAGUUUGGCUGCAGUUCGGUGACAAACGUAUCGAAAAACGCAAGACAGCCGUCUUCAAAUGCACACUGAAUCCCGUCUUCAAUGAUUCGUUCUCCUUCAACGUGCCCUGGGAGAAGAUCAGAGAGUGCUCCCUGGACGUCCAAGUAAUGGACUUCGACAAUAUUGGCCGGAACGAGCUCAUUGGCAGAAUACUCUUGGCUGGGAAAAACGGCUCUGGCGCCACAGAAACAAAACACUGGCAAGAUAUGAUCACCAAACCUCGACAGACCAUCGUACAAUGGCACCGCUUGAAACCUGAGUAAAUCGUUGACAUGGGGUCAUUUAAACCCCAUACAUUGAUGCGUGUUAGAAAGAAAUAACACUAUAGGUUAGACAGAGAUCGCUCUUUGAAUUUUCUUAGCGUUAUAUCUAUUUGACGAGCAAUAUUAAGUGUAUGGGGGUCAUAAUUUUUUAGACAAGACGUUUAUUAGUAAAAAAUAAUAAUAAUUAAUUAGAGUUAUUAUAAUGACAGUUAUUUUAUUGUUGAAUCGAAUAAAACAUUGAAUAUUUGUGCUACUAAAAAAUUCGUUGAAAUUAACUUUUGAUAGAAGACAUAUAAAUCAUAAGUUUUGUCUUGUGGAUGAUAAUGCCCCUUAUCAGAUAAAUUCAAAACGUCAUAAGACUGAAUGGUUAAAUAAAAGAUUAAUAUUCGAACCUCUUCGUCGAUAUCAUGGCUUAAGAUAUUGCUGAAACGAACGUUACUUUUGUAUUAUUUCUAUUGUAUAUUUUCAAUAAUUUUAGAAUUGUAUCUCAUUUUAUGAUAGAACAUAUUUUAACACUUUAAAUUUAUGGAUCUUCACCAAUGACCUCCUUUCUUUUAAGCAAAAUCUUGGAGUUUUCUCAGUGCGGGUUAGUAUUAAAAAAAUGAAUUGAAUGAAAAAAAAAAUGAUCAUUUUCGCUAUGAUAUCGACAGCUAAAUUUCACCUGAUUCGUACUUGUCAUCUAUUCUGAAAGGAAAAAUUUAAUCCUUAUUAAUAAACGUGAACUUCUUUCACUAUAUCUGUCCUUCUCUAACUAAAUCAAUUGUUACGUAUGUUAGACAGUGACAAAGCGUUAGGAAUAUGUUGUUACUGCGCGUUUAUUAAUAAGACGCCUUAUAUUAUGGAAACGUUGAACAUCAAAGUUUCUUAGCCAUACGGCGAAUUGUUAAGAUUUUUAUGAUAAAUCUGAAAUGACGAGUUUUUAUUGUAUUUUGUUGGUAUUUCUAUUUUAUGUGAACUUGUAUGUCUGUUUAAGAGUAUAAAAGUCAAAAUAAAUAUGUAUUUUUUUUUUA